UCAUCAGAAGAAACCAUGGAGGUUCUGUCUCUGCUGCGGCUGCUCAUGAUGACCUCAUCAAUGACCUCAUCACUGACCUCAUCAAUGACCUCAUCACUGAGCCACAGAACCAACAAAGUUCCUCUGACUGUGAGUCCCAGCAGAUCUCAGUUCUUUGAAGGAGAAUCAGUGACUCUGAUCUGUGAGGAUGAAAACAGAUCUGAUGGAUGGACUGUGAGGAGAAACACAACCUUAGAGACCAGGACUGAAUGUGAGGACUGGGGGGAACCAGCUGGUUCUUCCUGUGAGGUCAGUCACAUCACACCAUUUGAUACUGGUCUGUACUGGUGUGAGUCCAUGUCUGGAUCCUCCAGCAGCAGCAGCAGCAUCCAGCUCUCUGUCUCUGGUGGAUCAGUGAUCCUGCAGAGUCCUGUCCUCCCUGUGAUGGAGGGAGAUGACGUCACUCUGAGCUGCAGAGCAAAGAAUCCAACCCACAACCUCCCAGCUGCUUUCUAUAAAGAUGGCUCCUUCAUUGGUGAUGGACCAUCAGGUCACAUGACCCUCCUCCAUGUUUCCAGCUCUGAUGAAGGCCUCUAUAAAUGUAACAUCAGCCGUCAUGGAGAGUCUCCAUCCAGCAGGAUCUCUAUCAAAGGUCAGAGGUCAUCUGAAGCCUGGCCUUCCACAGGGUCGUGACCUCAACCCAAAUUU